UUCGCCUCCCCGUCUUUACGCCGCCUGCUGGAAGCGCGGGACGGGGCGGGAACGGAGCUGGCGACGCGGAUCCAGCGGCUGCGCGACAAGGAGCAGGAGCUGAGUGACACGCGGGAGCUGGCGCGGCAAGAAUCAUUACGGUUGGGAAAGACCUCUAAGAUCAUCAAGUCCAGCCAUCAAACACACCACCACCAUAUCCCAAAGCACCACAUCUACAUGAUUUUUGAACACCUCCUGGGAUGGUGACACCACCACUCUCCUGGGCAGCCUGUUCCAAUGUUUCACUACUCUUUGGAAGGUUUUCUGAGUGUGGCACUGGUGUAAGUCUGAGGAUUAACUAUACUCAAAUAUUCCAGAUGAGAGUGAAGAUUUCCAGAAGCUUGCAGAAAGGGAAAUCGCCUCUUGUGAAGAAGAGAUAGCUGAACUGAAACAUCAGAUAGUAUUGCUUUUGAUUCCUUCAGAAGAAACAGACAAGAGUGAUCUUGUCAUGGAAGUAACGGCUGGAGUUGGAGGGCAGGAAGCUAUGCUGUUCACCUCGGAGAUAUUUGAUAUGUACCAACGAUAUGCUGCCUAUAAAAAGUGGAAAUUUGAAAUAUUAGAAUACUUUCCCAGUGAAAUAGGUGGCCUAAGACAUGCAGUUGCCAGUAUAGCAGGUCUUGAGGCUUACAAGUACAUGAAAUUUGAAGGUGGAGUACAUCGUGUUCAGCGGGUGCCAAAGACAGAAAAACAAGGACGCGUUCACACCAGCACGAUGACUGUUGCAAUAUUGCCACAACCCACAGAGAUGAGGCUGCAAAUUAGUCCAAAAGAUCUACGGAUAGAAACAAAGCGGGCUACUGGAGCUGGAGGCCAGCAUGUCAAUACCACAGACAGUGCUGUGCGGAUAGUUCAUAUUCCAACAGGGAUCGUGUCUGAAUGUCAGCAAGAAAGAUCUCAAAUUAGAAACAAAGAAAAGGCUAUGCAAAUGCUAUGUGCUAAACUAUACAACGCCAAACUGGAAGAAGAAACCAAAAGGAGAAACAGUGCUCGAAAGAUUCAAGUUGGGACUAAAGGAAGAUCAGAGAAGAUCAGAACGUACAACUUUCCACAGGACCGGAUUACUGACCACAGGAUAAGCAGAUCAGUGCAUCAUAUUGAGUGUUUCAUGCUAGGGGAAGAAAUGCUAGAUGAAAUGAUACAAACUCUGAGAGAAUACGCUGAUUAUGAAUCUUUAAUGGAAAUUAUUUCAGAAAAUGAAAAAAAGAAUGUGUCCUGAAUAUUGCUCUUUGUCAGGCCAUUACAACAGAUGUAGACGUUUGUCUGCAAAGGAACUUCUCCGAGCACCACCAAGAAAAAGCAACUGCUUUUCAGGUCAUGAAAGACACCACAAUUUGUUUCCUCAUGACUGAUAAACAGUUUUCUUACUUGCUGAGUGAAAGACUUUAUUACCUUUACAUAUGAGACAUUGUUGCUACAGUAGUCUACUUAAAAAGUAAAUUUGGCCUGGCAAGAAGUAACUGCAGAUUUUAACUUUCUCCACUGAGAAGAUACCGAUACACCACUCUUGAAAGGUACGCAUUAAAAAAUGAGGUAUUUCUGGUUCCAUAUUUCAUUUAAACAGUAGUUUAAACAUCAGUACAAUGUCAAGUAGCUUACUUGAGAGAACAAGUUGGAUUUUGUUUGAGUGAUUGGAGGAAAGUGAUUAAUAAGUGACCCCAUGAUCAAUCUGCAUAUUUGUUAAUCACUUACCCAUGGCAUGGGAGAUGGAGUAAAAGUGUAUCUCCUUCAUGUUUCCAUGGCCUUCUGGCCCUUAUUAAUAAACACAAAAAAUUGUUUAGGAAUAUCCCUUUUUCCAAAAAACAAGCUGUGCAAGAUGAGUGUCAAUUUAAGUGAGUUGUUUUUUAAAAGACUGUUUCUGUUCUUGAGUCAAAAGCAAAAAGAAUCAUUACAAUAGUGUUUGGCUGAUAUGUCAGUCUCCAUUUGGCUUCAGUCAGUUUCUCCUUUAUGUUUUUAAUCAGCUCUCCAGUUUAUUGAUUUUCUAAUGGUUACGUAGUGUGAAGGAUGUAAUCUGAUAUAUGAACACGUGGCUAGUGAAAACUUUUAACAUUUAGUUUGGACUACAAUCUGUUGUAUAAUCCCAAAUGCAUAUAGCAAUACAAAACCUUCAGCUUCCAUGCCGCAUUCCAUCAUGCAUUGCAUCUAUACAUAUGUGUAUACACAUACAGGAUGUAUCUAAAAUAUAAAUACUAGUAAAUAAGAAAUUGGAACCCAAAGUAAAUUGUUGCCAUCAGUAUAGGGUGUUUACUUUUCAGACAUCUAAUUAAAAUUAGCGUAAAAUAUUAGAAUAGGAAUAUAGUAAGUUAGCUACAGAUAGCUUAUAGGAAUGUAUUCUUUUAACAUCUUAUAUAAAAAUCAACUGAUUAUUAUCAGUUUAUUAUCUUCCUCUAUUACUUGAGAGACAGCAGUUUGAACCAAUGCAUGUUAAAACCCACACAGAAUCAUGGAAUACCUUUAUCAGGUUUAUUUUCUAGGAAAUACUGCAUGGUAGCUAUGAUUAAGUUAAAAUCUUUUAAUUAAAGAUGCAUAAGUCGACUUUAGAUGUAGGAAUACCUCUAUGCAAAAGGUGAGGCACACAUAUUGGUAAGUGUGAGACCUAGGUCAGAUUUACAACUCCCAACUGCAUCAUAAGAAAGUAAAAAUAAACAGUGAUGUAUUUUGCGUGCAAAAUAGUUAGAUAUUGUUUGGAGCAGAAACUACAACUGAACUCUUUAUUCCUACCCGAUCAAUACUAUAAACAGAAGAGUACAAAGGCACAUGUGACAGUCUUCUUGCCUUCAUUUAAGGCCAGCAUAUGUUACACCAAGUAGAGGAUGGAGUUUGUGAUUCCUUGUCUCUCACUCAGCUUCAUACUGUUGCAAACAAAUAAGGGCCAUCAGCCAAGUCUUAGAACUGGACUACUGUAUUAAACUUACAUAAGCGUUCAGGUCUUUGUCACAUUGACCUUCCCUGGUGUUUCAGCUAGUGGCCUGGCUGGCCAGGUCUUGCAGCCUCCCUGUGCUUGUGUGUCUUCUGAACAGACGGUAGAUGUGGUGUUGCUUCAAUAGUGGCCAGCCCUUGAUCAGUGUGAGAGAAGCCAGGUAUCACAUACUUCUGGCAGGAGGUGUCCCAAAACUGCCUGUGACAGUGUCAUACAAGGUGGACUUCACGAUCUUGAGUGAUACCUCCUUGCCCUGUCAGUGGCAAACUUUGCUUUAUACAGUCUUUAAGUUCUGUUCUUGCUCCAUGUUCAGGUUAACUGAAGAUCUGUUUUCUCACUACAAAUGCAACCUCCCAGAGCUGUGAGGUUAUGGGUUUGGGAGCAGUGGGAUCCCUGCACUGAUAUCCAGCCUGCUUAGCUCCCAGCAGCACUCCUCGCUCUGCUAGCUAUAAUAACCUUGACCAGUACCUGA